AUGGUGCGGACUGCAUUAGCAGUGCAAGAUCAUUCGACCACCCCGUCAGUAUGCCAGGGUAAGAUGCUGUCGCAGACACAUUAUCGACGAUGUGUAGAGAGGACAGAGGACUUGGCGGGUGGAGUGAUCAGUCAAUCGCCUGAAGUGAGGGACAAAGCCAAGCCUCCGGAGGGCCGGGACGCGGGUUGGCGAGGUGAAGGACGGGACAGGACCCAAUCUGGCCAGACCAGAAACCCUUAUGGACCGCGCCGAUCCGGUCCCAACAUCGGAUCUAGCUCAGUCGCUGCCUGUUCCUCAGCAUCGUUUUGUAGAGCAUUCGACUGUUAUUCACUAGCAUUCAUCGAAAGGUCGAGGGUUAACAUUCGGCGGCGGAUCGCUUACGGGCACCCUUCUGGAUCCUUUGGGCAGCCAUUGCCUUGCCCACCCAAUCCUUCAGGAUUUCUUGCACGGUGUCUAGCCAGUAAGGUCAAAAUGGUCGAGCGCGAGGACAACGAGAUGAAUGACACAAGCGACCCAGGAGAGAUGAUGACAGCCGGCUACACCGGUGCAAACGCUCCGCAUUCCUCUUUUUCCAGCUCCCAACCGCCCAUCAUGCUCGCCAUCAUUGUCUCCCACAGCAUCACUACCAGUCCACUAUGGCACCUCUCAAGCUUCAGCCGCACCCACUCCAAAGGGCUCAUCCCCGUUCCUACCUCUCCGGAGGAUGUCGCCGCAGCUACCAAACUCCUCUCUGCAGCACAGGCGCUCGAAGCUAUUCCCGUCGACAUCCAAGACCAAAUCGCCGGCCUCCACUCCGAGGUACUCUACUACAUGUCACCGGAGGAGACGAAUAUCUCCAGUGUACCUGAUACGCCGUCGCCUCUGGCCGCGGUCGAGAUGGAUGUGCAAGCAUCGAAUCUGAUCGUGGCCGAGGCGGUGACGGGUACGGCGGAACCUCACUCCGCGGCGGCUGCAACCGACACGGACGGGGCGGCAUCCGCAGCAGUGGUCGAGACGGGCGGGAACAUAUCAUAUCAAAUCGCGGCGGGAACCGGGAUCGGCGGGCACUCUCCGGAGGCAUUGUCCCCCGCAGCGGCCCACCAAGAGCCAGAUGAGCAGGUAGCACCUCUUCGAGUGGCAGAGAACGAGGCGGAAGCCGAGGGGCGGAGGCGGACAAAGAACCAGGCGAGACGUGACAGGAGGAAGCGCGCGAUGGAACAUCGAGGGAGGCAGGCGCACACGUAA